UCAAAACAAAGAAACAUCCUUCGAUCUCUCGCCUGUUUUUUUGUCGCUCGAGCUCGCAUAUAUAAAUUUAGUAUCAAAAUAAAUGUAUGUAAUACAUGUUGAAGAUUAUCGUUAUUAGUGGUAGUGGAAUGGCAGAACGUGAAAGAAGUAAACGAAGUAUUAGAAGCAUACAUAAACUGCACUUUACUUGAAACCUCCGUCGCCGCCUGGCUCAACUGUGAUUUUGUUUACUUAUUGCAGUUUGUUGAAUCAUCAAAAAAAACAUCAGUCGUCAGCGAUGUGAGACGUAAAAAGUUUCAUUAAGCAAGUAACAAUACUGAUCAAGACUAUUUAAAACGUUACGUUUAUUAUCAGAACAAAAGUCCACAACAUGGCAACACUCGAGAAACACAAAACAAAGAAACCGAAAGCCAAGCUUAAACCACUGGUUCUGCCCGAAGUCCCGAUCGGUGAGCCACUGGAAAACGAUGGAGAUCUUUUCGAGCCGCUAUCGGCGGUGGAUAUUGACUUUCCCAGUACUUCCACGUCAGAGGAAGCUGCUGCCGUUCUGAUAGACGUGAGAAAUUUAACACUAGAAGAAGUUGGAAAAGCAGAAGAAUGCAACGAGGGGACGAUCCAGCCGGAAGGUGAUAUCCAAGAGGAAGAGCUUUCCGUGGAAGCAACAGCGCCUACGGCGCCAGUUUUUGAUGAGCCCGUGAAAGAGGUAAAUCCUCUGCUAGCUUAUACCGUGAAGCAGGAACACGUGCAAUCGCUGUAUCCAAACUUGAAGGAGUUGGUAACAAGUCCUGAUAAACAGCUGCCGGCGGAGGUCGUCUCGCUGAAACCGUACACUCGCCAACAGUUGGGCCAAUUCUACGCGGUGGAUAACGAACUUCGACAGGCGGAAGCCUUCGAGCAGGAGUUCAUCGCCCGAGAACUACAGGGAAGCGAUCAUUGCGGCAAUCAUCCGCUGUAUCAGCUGCUACAGUGCUACGCGAAGGCACGAGCUGAUUAUAGCCUGAACCUGCUGGAGUGCAAUGCACUUCAACACAAGAGUAAAAAGUUGGCGAGAGAAGUGUGGCUACUGAGGGAACAGACUUUUAUCGGAACGGCCACUUGCGCUGAUGAGAAGGUGGUGCGGGGGCAAUAUCAAGCCAUGGUCGCGACGCUGCAACAAACCGCUCUGAACCAACUAACUGCAACCCUGAAGGAACUGGUGAAGCAGUCCUGCUUCCAGUGCAACCAGAGAGCCUACGAAGUAGAUGCCACCCGGCUCAAAAUUAACCAGAAAAUCUACGAAACACUUAAUCUGCACUCGCUUCUCUCGAAUAUGCCUAGCAACGCUCCCGUGGUACUUAAUCCGAGUACCUAUCCGACCGAUCUGUCGGUGGCUAUCGGCGAGCUGCGUCUGUGUAUCUCGAUUUUGUUUAGCUUCCUUCGAAAAGGCGUCACCGAUAAACGGUUUCUGUCGGAUGUAAAAUCUUGGAUCGGGAAACUGGUGGCCACUCAGUUACGGAUUGCGAACACCCACGAUCAUCUGUUCGUGUUGUUUCAUGUUCUUCGGAGUCCUAGUGGGAUCGCAAACUGGGCCACUCGGAUGAUUCAGAUGCCAGUCGGGGAAAGUUUUCUGUGGGGAAGUAGCGAAUUUCAGCACGUUUUAAUUGUAAUGGCAUCGAUUCUGCUGCCUGUCAGGAAAAGGAAUGAUUUUUUGGAGAAACUGAAGGUAGAUACGAACCGCUCGAUCGAUGUCGUUCAGGAGGAGAUGUGGGCGAUAGUGGACAGCGAUGGGGAAGAUUGUAGCAGUUCGGAUUCGAUUUCCGAGCUGAAGGAAGGCGAUUUAGUGGCACUGAUUGAUCAAGUCCCUUUCGGAAGUAUCUUUCGAGCGAUGACCCAGGCUGACGAAAGGCUGGAUGGAACGUUUCGGUUAAACGAGGAAGCUGUCACUGGAACUUACCUGUUGAAAUCGAUUGCGUUCGGUACGAUUUUUGUUGAACUAUUGGGAAACGGGUUGAUCACUUACGAUGCCGAUCGCUACCGGCAGUUCGCCAAAAGGGUGGCAAGGUUGAUCAAACACACCGUGUUCUAUGUUAGCGACCUGUACCGGAUCUUUGUGGAGCACAGGAAAAGUAGUCAGGUGCAAGCAGAUCCUGCUCAACUGGGUAGAAUCAGGUUGGAAUUUGACAUAUUCGUCGUGCGUUCGGCUCACUACAUAUACAGAUCGAGAAAGAUCGGAACGUGGCAAUAUCUGACAGGUUUGCCCUUUGAUCAGUUGAGCAUCAACGCACUGUGGAAAUUGUACUUUUGUCUGCAUCUUAAUGAGUUCAAAGAAGAGGUGAUUUCUGACGUCAGCAGUGACUUCCAAUCGGCAUGUGUUGGCGAAGAGCGUCGAGAGACAUUCCGAAAUAGCUUAUUGGAAAUGCCUUCGGAAGAUCUGUACUAUCUUCUGCAGGUUUUCUCCAGCAUGGCCUUGUCCAGGGAAUCAACCGAUGCCGAGUUUAUUGAAACCGUAGCUUUGAACCUGGUGGACAUCGGUUACCUCAACGAAUACACCAAAGACUUUUGUUACAAGGCGGUUAAGGAUUUGCUGAUCAACAUCGUUUCCAAGUAUCCAUCGCUGGUGUCGAAUCUUCUGCGGUGGCUAAAGCAAGAGAUCGGCGCAGCUGACCAAUCGGCAACGUACAUCUUCAAAUCACUUCCACUGGACCGGUGGAGGCCACAAUGGGCAGACUUUGAACUGCUUGCCACGUGGAUUCUGAACUAUUCGUUCUGCUCGAUUCAAAGCUCUACGGCGCGAGUGAUUUUGAUCCAUCUGAACUACAACUUUGAUCAGAACAACGAACUUUUCCUACCCCACGACAUCCACGUCCGAAUCGCUUGUUUAGUCACCGAGGUAUACAUCAAGCACGUUCCCGAAACUCUCUGCAGUUAUCAAGGUCUGUCUGCUUCCGUGAGCAGUCUGGUGCCGGGCAAAGGUGCGCAGAACCAGUUUCUAGCUUGGUGCUGGAACAUGGUUGGCCUUCUGCGACUGCACUGUAUGGAUCAAAGCCCGGCUGCCAUCAACGAAAUGAUCAAAAAUCCUGCUCUCAUUCAGCGGCAUGUACUCGAGCUGGAGAAUGCUCAACAGAUAUAUCAGGGAGUCACCGAGAAUCGACCGCUCGCUGUCUAUUUGGCUAUUCUGAUAAGCCAAUGGGGACAUUCCGUGCCGCAAAUUUGUCACAAAGGGCUGGAGCAGAUUCGACUAUUGCUGAACGAUCACCGCUACACGGUAGUUGUGCGCUGUCUGCAACUGAUCACUCCCCUAUUCCUAGAAUGCCCCGAUAGUUUGAGUCGUUGCGAAGCGUUCAAAUCGAUUCUGUUGAGCUUGAUAGCGGCGGACCGAUACUACGCUCGAUUUACCAAGGAUCAGUUCCAACCGGAAUCAAGCACACCCGUUACCGAAAUGCUAAAUUGUAUGAUCCUCUCGCAGAUCACGAACUACACGAGCUAUGGACUGAACUCGCCGACGCUGCUAAUCAACAUCUGGUUACUUUGCCUAACUGAACUACCGAAUUGGACCAAAGAUUCGGCGGUUCUUGGGCUAUUGGAUGCCAUGCUCGGAGUUGCUUACCAAUUUCCCGAUUCUUGGCACUCGAUGAAGGAAUUCUUCCGACCCUUCUAUGUGCGCUUCGAAGACAUCAAAACCUGCAAAGCAUCGGGUCUUCUGACCCUACUCGUCUCAAAUCCAACCGAUCUGUUCACAACACCAUCAGCCUCCACCGUGUUCCUUUCGAUAUUCACCCUCGAACUAGAGUACGAGAUUACCGAGAUCCAGACUCGAAUCUGGCACGAGAUCCUACGUUCCAUCGGCAUACCAACUGUUUCAUCCAAAGUGUCACUGGACACAGCCGUGAAAAAAGCCACCUCAAUCCUAGGCUACCCAUCGUUUCCGGCCAACGCCCUGACCCUGUACAAACUGGCCAACCUAGUAGCAACUAGUUCGAUCAAAAACUACAUGUACCCGAUCGUCUGCCAACUAUUCUUCACGAUUUACCUUUCACGAAUCCCCUUAGCCCAUGACGAGGAACGGUUCGCUCAUCUAUUCGGCGUCUCCGACCGUUUCUACGAGUACAAUGUGGGACUGAUGAAACGAGUUAAGAUAAAGCUGUACGAAGCUGAGUGUUACUACAAUGCGGCCUCCGUAAGUGAAACGGACGAAAGCCAACUAUCGUUCUACAACCAUUGUACUAGAUUGUUCAAGACAUUACAACUGUGGCUGGAGGAUACACACUUCCCGUAUGCGCGGGCGCAUACUCCGUACGUUAACGGUUUAGAUUGUUCCGUCACCGAAUGGUCAAUUCAGGUUCAACUCAUACGGCUUUCCUCCGACUAA